CACCUAAUCCAGAACGCUUUCAUUCAAAAGAAAACCAUAAUUAAAAGUUAAAACCUCUCUUCUCUUCUCUUCUUUCUUCUUUCUAUUUUCUUCCUCCACCGCCGGAGAAUGAACAAUCCGGCGAGUCUAACUUCCCCGUCCAUGAACAAUGCCCGUCUCUCCGAUCACCGUCGUCACGUCUUCCACGAAAACCCUCACACCCUUAGCCUAGAAGAAACCUACCCACCCCGCACAUAAUUUUUUCUUCUUCUUAUAACCUUUUAACACGCAAAAUCCGUGAGUUAUUAUUGAGCGUUUUAGGAAGUAGGAAGGAUGAAUGUGUGUUGACUAACGAAGCGUGAGUGAAAUUAGAAAAUAAAAAAUAUAAAAAAUUAGAAGCUCUGAGAAAACAGAAAAGCAACAGAGCAUGGCUCCGAUGAAGGUUCAACCAAUUGCAAUCGACAUCGAUUCAGAGAACGUGAAGGAGGCUGUGGUGGUUCGGAACGAGUCCGUGCUCAAGUCUCGCCUGAGAAGGUUGUUCGUCUUCGAACGCCAGUUGCCGAGAAACAACAACAAAGAUGCAGCUCCGGCAACGGAAUUCGAACCUAGCUCCGUGUGCUUAGCGAAAAUGGUGCAGAGUUUCAUGGAGGAACAACCACCGCCUCCUAAAUGCGGCCGCAACCGCUGUAAUUGCUUCAACGCUAAUAGCUCCGACGAGGACGAUUUCGACCUCUUCGGAGCACCGCCUCCACCGGAAUCCUCCACCACCGACGCCGCUGAAUCACUCAAGAGCUUGAUCCCGUGCGUGAGUGUCGGCGAGAGGAACCUGCUAGCUGACGUGGCGAGGAUCGUGGAGAGAAACGGCAAGUCGUACAAGCGGAAAGACGAUUUGAGGAAGGUCGUGGCAGAAGCGCUUUCCUCUUUAGGUUACGAUUCUUGCAUCUGCAAAUCUAAAUGGGAGAAAACCUCUUCGAGUCCCGCCGGUGAGUAUGAGUUCAUCGAUGCGGUUGUGGAAGGGGAUAGGUUGAUUGUGGAUGUGGACUUUCGAUCUGAGUUCGAGGUGGCGCGAUCCACCGGGACGUACAAAGCGAUUCUUCAAUCGCUGCCGUUCAUCUUCGUCGGGAGAUCGGAGAGGCUGGCGCAGAUCGUGUCGAUUGUAUCGGAGGCCGCCAAACAGAGCCUUAAGAAGAAAGGAAUGCACGUUCCGCCGUGGAGGAAGCGCGAUUACAUGCUUGCCAAGUGGCUCUCUCCGUCUAGCGUUAGGGAGAAGGAGAACAAGCAGCAAGUGCAACCCCCGUCCUCCUCCGUGCAACUCGCCGCCACGGUGUCCUCUCACCACGCGGCGUCCACGGAGAGCGAUUGCGGUGAGUUGGAGCUCAUUUUCGGCGAGGAAGAGGAGGAGCCGUCGCCGCUUCCGCCGACGGCGACUCCGGUUUGGCAACCUCCGGCGGUGAGGCCGAAGAGUGUUGAGAAAGGGACUAAGGUUGUGACCGGAUUGGCCUCUCUUCUCAAGGACAAACCAUAGAACACAAUUUUGUUAUUUUUCUUUAUUUCUGAAUUUAAAAAACUAAAAUAUAAAGAGAAAUAUUCGGAUGAGGCUCUCCUCUUUGUUUUUUUUUGUUUUUAUUAUUUCUUUAUUAAGUCUUUUUGUUUUCCCUUCUUUUGUCUGCAAGGGAAAAUUUGUAAGAAGUAACUUUUCUCUUUUUUUUUUUAAACCACUGUAAGUGUAAGAAGCUGGUAUUUCCUCUGUAAUAAAAUAAAAUAAAAUUAGCUGAAAA